AUGUCGAACCAGUCCGCCAUGGACUUAGGCAGCAACUCAAAGGAAGAAGAUAUCUCAGAUGGUGCAAAUAGGGGAACUAAAAGGAAACACAGCGACGCCAGUAAAGACCCGCCCCAGCUUAGUGUUAAACUUCCCCGCAUGAGUGAUAUCCAAUCACCAACAAAGGAUCGGAAUCAUACACGCCUUCCUGUCGACAUUUUGUUAUUGACUGUAAAGGACUGUGAGUUCUUGGCUUGUUAUAUGCACCUGAACAAUCCGUUCAGAUGUUGGUUCGAUGGUCUCGGUUUUGUUUACUUCGAGGACGAGAAUGAAGGCCAAGAUGAGAAAGUAAAAGUUGCUUUAUUGAGAUGCAAUGAAGGUUCUAGCGGUCCGGGGGGCUCCAUAGUAACUACAAAAAAUGCUGUCUCAGUGCUUAUGCCCAAAGCAGUUAUUUUAGUGGGAACGUGCGGUAGCCUCCGUCCUGAGGAAACCAAUUUGGGUGAUGUUGUAAUUUCUGCCAAAUUGACAACAUAUGGAUUGAAGGUUGUGACAAAUGAUAAAGAGCUGCACAAUAAUAUAAGAACGUUUGCUAGCAAACGAUUUCUUGACCUCAUUAAGGAUUCAGCUCUUGGCUGGGAGGCUCCUUUGGAGAACUCGGAAGAUCGAGAAGUUAAAAUUCAUAGCAGUGGUGAACUGUUGAGCGUUCCAGAAGUAAUCAAUACAGAAUUGCGGCGUAAACAGCUGGCUGAAACCUUUCCUCUGGCAGUGGCCGUUGACACCGAAGCCGAAGGUAAUGAAAUCCCUGGUGGGGUGGGGGUGGAAAGUUGGGGGCUGGGGUGUUAUAGCAAAAAAUAGAUAAAAAUCGGUUGGCCAUAGCAACGCGUCCUUUUUAAUGCCCUUAGGGGGUCCCUUAGGAGCAGGUUAAAAACAAAGGCGAGAUUUAACGAGCGCGUAAUCAAACUUGAUUGCGNAAGGUUGUGACAAAUGAUAAAGAGCUGCACAAUAAUAUAAGAACGUUUGCUAGCAAACGAUUUCUUGACCUCAUUAAGGAUUCAGCUCUUGGCUGGGAGGCUCCUUUGGAGAACUCGGAAGAUCGAGAAGUUAAAAUUCAUAGCAGUGGUGAACUGUUGAGCGUUCCAGAAGUAAUCAAUACAGAAUUGCGGCGUAAACAGCUGGCUGAAACCUUUCCUCUGGCAGUGGCCGUUGACACCGAAGCCGAAGGUAAUGAAAUCCCUGGUGGGGUGGGGGUGGAAAGUUGGGGGCUGGGGUGUUAUAGCAAAAAAUAGAUAAAAAUCGGUUGGCCAUAGCAACGCGUCCUUUUUAAUGCCCUUAGGGGGUCCCUUAGGAGCAGGUUAAAAACAAAGGCGAGAUUUAACGAGCGCGUAAUCAAACUUGAUUGCGAUCGUCGCAUUAAUCUCUAAGAUCGUCGCUUCAUCAACGGCGAUCGUCGCGACCUCGAUUACGUCGAAAACAACCAGACAGAGGCUCACCAUUUGGAUAAUCUGUUCGGCCUUCUAGGUUUUUAAAAUUUACAGGUUUUGAGAACGCACCUUUCAAUUUGAUAUCCUGCCAUUCAUUUCAUUUCUUAGUUAUACUUUGAGGUUUUUAAAAAUUUACAGGUUGUGAGGACGCAUCUUUUAAUUUGUUUUCCUGCAAUUCAAUACGUUUAUCAGCUAUACUCAAUGGCCCCAUUUAUGAGUGGUGCCGCUGUUUCUGUUGCAGGACUUUACAAAGCUGCAUUUGACCUCCAAGUUGAAUGGCUUGUUGUAAAGGGAAUUUCUAGUUAUGCAGAUGGAAGAGAGAGCACAAAUGAAAAAUGGAACCAAUUUGCAAGUGCUAAUGCUGCUUCUUUAGUUGCCAAGAUUUUAAAUGAUGAUGUUGUCUUCAAAAGAUGGCCUCAUUAUCAAGGAGACGAUGAUAAUGUUAUCAAAGGUAGGUUAGUUUAGUAUACACAAUAUAUUAUAUAGUGUCCACUUUUAUAUUGUGCCGUUGUUACUGACGUAACGAUAUCUUGGAAAACCCAAGGAGAUACUAAGGGUAAUUUUUUCCCAUGUCGCUUAGAAUAAAAACGACUUAUAUGGAAAAGCAAGGAAGGAAUAAGAGAAUGCUUAAGCCUUUAAAUAACCACUUAAUCAGAAAUCUUUGCGUAUCCGCGGGUAAAAGUAGUAUAGUGAUUUUUGCCUGAUCAUGUCGCUAUUAAUUCUCGUGUCCCGUCAGUGUUGAAAAGAAUUUUUAUUACAAAGAAAAAUUUGACGUUGAUCACUCUCCACACGAAUCUGAAAGCCAUGAAACCGCAUAUUUUUUUACCUGGAUUCAUGAGUGUGGACGUAGUCUUUAACAAGGGUCUCAAUGGGGUGAUAGCUUUGACGGUUGACGGUUAAUUUUUUCCAAAUUUUUCACUUAUAAAAUCUCAAAAUAUAUUUUCAGAUACAAGUAUAGGUUGUACGGUCCUGUAAUGCCAAGAAAGAGUGUUUUUGAGAAUAUGGGAACUGGUUUUUCCAGUUUGGAGAUUCUUCGGGAGCCAUAAUCCCAUAAAGAUCAGCUGAAAUACUGAGAAUUGCGAUUACUAUAAGUGUUAUUGCAAAGUGCGACAGCCUAUUUCAUUACAAAGUGCGAUCGUCUGUUAUUGCAAAGGGGGCAAUUUUAUUACAAAUUGCAUUAGGUAUUACAAAGUGCGACAGGAGACUCCAUGAAUGGAUUAUUAACUUACUUGUCUUGUACAUAUAUUCUUCAUAUAUUCCACGGCCAUCUUCAGUGCAGAGAAAUAGUAAUUCCUCACCAGUCCUUUUACUGAUUUUCAUCGCCUUAGUCUUCUUAACAUUGAUCUUCAAUAUCUCCCUGCUUUAGUCGGGUCCCUCCUGUAACUAAUUAGAUGACGCUUUUACUUUGAUGACUUUAAGAGGCCGGGGAACAGGUCAUCACUGGGAAGAAACUUAUAGCAAAGAGCUGCAUUUCGUCCCGAUAAGCGGACUUCAUGGCUAAAUGUUUCAAAGCCCCAUCAAGACUUAAACGGGCACUAGCACUCCCCGCGAAACUUCCGUUUUUAUUCAACGAGGUAACAUUUCAUUUACGUUUUCAGAAUGAUAUUUCCCAAAAAGUUCGCAGGUCUACGUCUCCGCGCGGCCAUGUAAUAUCCUCUAUUUCGCUAUCGAUUUCACUCAAUUGGACUAAUUUUGGAACACAUAAAAAAUGAACUAGAAAUGCCAAACGAUCGGCCAAAAAAAAUAGAAAGUAAGUAAGCGGAAAUUUCACAUUCUAGACCUUUACAACUUUUUUAGUGAAUGGACAUAUGUUAAUUUCUUUUUUCAGUUUCGAGUUCUUUUUUUCCUUUGGAAAAGGUCUUACCGAUUGGUAAAAUCCAACUAUUAUCAAUGCUGCGUUCUGAUUGGAUGAGCUACUACUAGGCUAUAUGUUAUAGCCCACUAGUAGCGAAAAGCGCCGCCUUUGAAAACCAAAACAAUGGCGGCUGAAUUGCGUUUUGCUAGCUAAAGUUUUUUUUUCUCGAUAUUUUUGACCAACUCAAUUGGAUUUUGCUAAAACAAUUAUUCCUCUCGCCCUCAUUGCCUCUGAGUCAAAAGCCCAUUCGGGGUCAUUCGGGCUCGAGGAAUAAUUGUUAAUUAAUGCAUGCCAGAGCGGGGUACACGUUAGCCUACGUAUCAGGCCUUCCUCAGGGGAGAGGAAAUCUUAGAUGGGGGAGGGGGGAAAGAGGACGGAAGUUUCUAUCCCUUCGCUCUAUCUUCUUUUCGCUUUUCUCUUCUUCUCUCCCCGAGAAACGCCUUAUAAUCAGGCUAGGUACACAUUAUUAUCAUCCAAAGUUUAACGAGGGUUAGUCAGUUUGUGUUGAAGUAAAGAAAUUUAUUAUGUACCGUUGCCUAGCCUGCUAACUGUUGCCUGAUCGAAUUCAAACCUGCACUCCACGUAACUGAAAUAUAAAGAAGUUACUGAAUAAAUCGCUUCAUUAGCACUGAGUUCUCAUUUGGACGGUCACAUAUUUGAGUUACUUAAAGUGGCGGUAGUUAAAUUAAAUUGCCAUCUUUAUAUUAUAGUUGGUCAUUAUGUAUUUGCUUUUUUACUUCUUUUGAUUUCAAAGGCCAUGAAAAUAAUCGUUAAAAUUUCAUUGUUUCUUUGUGUUUGCGUUGGUCACCAAGAAGUGCGAAUCAAAUUUGACUGUUAUUCUUUAUUAUUUACGUCUAAAGGUCUGAGACCAUCGCCCUUGGAAACUUUCCUCCCCAAAAUGGUUCCUUAUUUUACUGGGCGUCGAAGCGAAUGUGAUGAGAUUAUGGGUCACUUGACUUCUGAUACUACCCAGCUCGUGACGAUCUGGGGUUCACCUGGAUUUGGAAAAACAUCUGUUGCAAUUGCGGUGGGACACGAUCUCCGAAACAAGGGAAUGCCGGUCUGUUGGUUGUCCUUACGUGGUCUGAGGUCAAAAGCAGCUCUAACUUCAAAGAUUCUCGGCUGUAUCAGGCCAUCUGUCAUAAAUGAACAGCCCUCGUUUUUGCGUCUUUCUCUUGAUGAUCAGAUUUGUCAGCUAUUAAACGCAAUUUCGGAACGAUCUUUUUUCAUUCUCGAUAAUGCUGACGAUUUAUUGGAAAGUGGUGACCCAGAAGUAAAGGAAGAUGUUUUACAACUCAUUGAAGAAAUUCUCAGGCGCAAUGAAAAGUUGACAAUCGUAGUAACAACGAGGGAGUCUCUGGAGUUUAUGAACGUACAUUUUCAAGGCCACAAGAGUGUAAGGAUAAGAACACUGGAAGAAGCCUAUGCUCAGACCUUAGUUCAGGAAUUACUUUCAAACGUCAGUUCUUUGGACUGUCGGCGAAUCACGCAAAUCUGUGGCUUUGUACCCUUAGCAAUUAAAUUAUUGUGCUGCUCGAUUUCUGAAUAUAAAGCUCAACCGAGCCAAUUUCUUGAUGAAUUCAUUCAGCACUCCGCUUCAGCGAGUAUCAUCGAGAUGUUAGACAACGCAGAUCAUCCUCCCAAUCACAGAUUGCAAUUUCUUGUUUCCUCAUCUUUCCAAAGACUGAAUGCACAGGAACGAGAAGCACUAGUAUCGUUGAGUAUUCUUCCUGAUAAUUUCGGUAGUGAGGUUGCCGCUGCCGUUUUGGGUAAAAACACUUUUCAGACCAAGAAGAUAUUGCAAAGCUUUCGGAGAAAGUCACUUCUUGAUUUAGGUUUGCAGGAAGAGUUCUUUACGAUGCACAAGCUGAUUCAAACAUUUGCAAGAGAAAAGGGACUAAAUGAAAUGAAAGACACGGUCCUUAAAUCAAAGCACCAUUUGCAUUCGUUUUACGUGUCACUGUUUGAGAAGUUAAAUAGGAAAUAUCUCACUGGUCAUUCAAUGGAGGCCUUUCUGGCAUUCUAUAAUGAUGAGCAAAGCAUUGUUCAAAGCCUAAUGGAGUCUCUUUCUGAUCCCGUUACAGCACGCGCAGUUUUUGAGGUGUUAGCUGAGGGAGAGUUAUUUCUUGAUAACCUUUAUUUCUUAGAGGGAUCAACCUUUCUCAAAAUUUACGAUUCAGCAAUUGAGGCUGCGAAGAGGCUGGAGGCAAACGAGUCUUGCAGUCAGCUACUGGUUUCAAAGGCGUUCGCAGAAGCAUGUUGGGUACCGAAGGGAAGUACGACGCAGUUGCUUUGUAGAGCGAAGGAAACGGCAGAAUCCUCGGCCCUGCCAUUAGUUUCCAACUCAGAACCAGAAGGAAAACGUCUGUGUUAUUUAGGCAUCAACUACCUUGCUAGCUCUAAAACUGAAGAAGGAGUUCAGUAUUUGAAAGAGGCUCUUCAGUUAAUGCAUGGGAGCCCAGAUUUGGCAGUCCUUAGGCUUGUUGUUCUCCAAAUUCUUAGUCAUUUUUCCCAAAUUCAAAACCAUAUGCUUGACUUGAAUCAGUUACUGUACACUGCAAAAAAGGAAUGCAAGGCAGUAGGAGACACCGAUCUGCUUUUGAUUUCCUCAUGGAAAAGCAAAGAGAGAAAAACUGGAAGAGAAGAAAACCAGAAAGACUCUAGCAUUCUUUCUAACCAUCCUCUAAGAUGGCAAGUACUUGACCUAGUAACCAAGGCAACGAAGAACUUCGUAGAUACUGUUACUAAGCAACAUCUUCGAAAUAUUUCGCAUAAAAUGCUGAAAGAGAUCGAAAUAGAGCAGCACGUUUCAAGCGGUCUCUUUCGUUUUCAUCGAAAUGUUAUAACCUUAUUCAAGACAAGUGGAGACACUAAAAUGCUCGUUGAAUCAAGAAUCAGUUACCAUCAAACAGCUCUCAGUCGUUGCGACGAAAAUUCCUCCGCUUACCACUUGCACAGCGAAGCUCUUGCCGCGUGUUACAUGGAUCUUGGAAACUUUCUCUCCCAAAAAAAUAAAUAUUCUGAAGCCUUUAAAGCCCAACAGCAAGCACUGGGCUUGUCAAUCCCUCUUGAGAGACAAGAACACGCCAGCAUCGCAGAUAGUUAUCAUGAUCUUAGCAUCACUCACCAUUCACUUGGAGACUUCAAAGCAGCACUAGAUUCUAAGAAGCACGCACUUGAGAUCCGUCUUAAACUGUUUGGAGAAAAACACGCAAGCACUGCUGAUAGUUAUCAUGGGCUUGGCGUCACUCAGCAUUCACUUGGAGACUUCAAAGCAGCACUAGAUUCUACGAAGCACGCACUUGAGAUCCGUCUUAAACUGUUCGAAGAAGAACACGCAAGCACCGCUGAUAGUUAUGAUCAACUUGGCGUCACUCAGCAUUCACUUGGAGACCUCAAAGCAGCACUAGAUCGUGACCAGCACGCACUUGAGAUCCGUCUUAAACUGUUCGGAGAAGAACACGCAAGCACCGCUGAUAGUUAUCAUCGCCUUGGCGACACUCAGCAUUCACUUGGAGACUUCAAAGCAGCACUAGAUUCUAAGAAGCACGCACUUGAGAUCCGUCUUAAACUGUUCGGAGAAGAACACGCAAGCACCGCUGAUAGUUAUCAUCGACUUGGCGUCACUCAGCAUUCACUUGGAGACUUCAAAGCAGCACUAGAUUCUAAGAAGCACGCACUUGAGAUCCGUCUUAAACUGUUCGGAGAAGAACACGCAAGCACCGCUGAUAGUUAUCAUCGCCUUGGCGUCACUCACCAUUCACUUGGAGACUUCAAAGCAGCACUAGAUUCUAAGAAGCACGCACUUGAGAUCCGUCUUAAACUGUUCGGAGAAGAACACGCAAGCACCGCUGAUAGUUAUCAUCGCCUUGGCGUCACUCAGCAUUCACUUGGAGACUUCAAAGCAGCACUAGAUUCUAAGAAGCACGCACUUGAGAUCCGUCUUAAACUGUUCGGAGAAGAACACGCAAGCACCGCUGAUAGUUAUCAUCGCCUUGGCGUCACUCAGCAUUCACUUGGAGACUUCAAAGCAGCACUAGAUUCUAAGAAGCACGCACUUGAGAUCCGUCUUAAACUGUUCGGAGAAGAACACGCAAGCACCGCUGAUAGUUAUCAUCGCCUUGGCGUCACUCAGCAUUCACUUGGAGACUUCAAAGCAGCACUAGAUUCUAAGAAGCACGCACUUGAGAUCCGUCUUAAACUGUUCGGAGAAGAACACGCAAGCACCGCUGAUAGUUAUCAUCGCCUUGGCGUCACUCAGCAUUCACUUGGAGACUUCAAAGCAGCACUAGAUUCUAAGAAGCACGCACUUGAGAUCCGUCUUAAACUGUUCGGAGAAGAACACGCAAGCACCGCUGAUAGUUAUCAUCGCCUUGGCGUCACUCAGCAUUCACUUGGAGACUUCAAAGCAGCACUAGAUUCUAAGAAGCACGCACUUGAGAUCCGUCUUAAACUGUUCGGAGAAGAACACGCAAGCACCGCUGAUAGUUAUCAUCGCCUUGGCGUCACUCAGCAUUCACUUGGAGACUUCAAAGCAGCACUAGAUUCUAAGAAGCACGCACUUGAGAUCCGUCUUAAACUGUUCGGAGAAGAACACGCAAGCACCGCUGAUAGUUAUCAUCGCCUUGGCGUCACUCAGCAUUCACUUGGAGACUUCAAAGCAGCACUAGAUUCUAAGAAGCACGCACUUGAGAUCCGUCUUAAACUGUUCGGAGAAGAACACGCAAGCACCGCUGAUAGUUAUCAUCGCCUUGGCGUCACUCAGCAUUCACUUGGAGACUUCAAAGCAGCACUAGAUUCUAAGAAGCACGCACUUGAGAUCCGUCUUAAACUGUUCGGAGAAGAACACGCAAGCACCGCUGAUAGUUAUCACAAUCUUGGCGCACUCACCAUUCACUUGGAGAAUUCAAAGCAGCACUAG